CCCGCGCUGUCGCGCUUGGGCGGCGGGUGAUGAUCACCUAGGAGGCUGGCGCAAGCUGCAGAGGAGCUGGACGCGGCUAUGGAGAGGGAGCCCGCGGCGGCCGAAGAGUCCGCAUCCCUAGGGCGGCGGCGUCCGCGACGAAGGCGCUGGGAGGGCAGGACGCGCACGGUGCGCUCCAACCUGCUGCCGCCCCUGGGCACCGAGGACUCCACGGCAGGAGCUCCCAAGGGCGAGCGGCUGCUGAUGCGCGGCUGCAUCCAGCACCUGGCCGACAACCGCCUCAAGACCACCAAGUACACACUGCUGUCCUUCUUGCCCAAGAACCUCUUCGAGCAGUUCCACCGCCUAGCCAAUGUGUACUUCGUCGUUAUCGCGCUUCUCAACUUUGUGCCGGCGGUGAACGCCUUCCAGCCGGGCCUGGCACUAGCUCCUGUGCUCUUCAUCCUGGCGGUCACAGCCAUCAAGGACCUGUGGGAGGACUACAGCCGCCACCGCUCAGACCAUGAAAUCAACCACCUGGGCUGUCUUGUCUUCAGCAGGGAAGAAAAGAAGUAUGUGAAUCGAUACUGGAAAGAAAUCCGAGUGGGCGACUUUGUCCGUCUUUGCUGCAAUGAAAUCAUUCCUGCGGACAUUUUGCUGCUGUCAUCCAGUGACCCUGAUGGGUUGUGCCACAUUGAGACUGCUAACCUGGAUGGAGAGACCAACCUGAAGCGGCGGCAAGUGGUCCGUGGCUUCUCGGAGCUUGUUUCUGAAUUCAAUCCUUUGACGUUCACCAGUGUAAUCGAGUGUGAGAAGCCAAACAAUGACCUGAGUAGGUUUCGUGGCUGCAUCAUCCACAGCGAUGGGGAGAAGGCUGCGCUGCAUAAGGAAAACUUGCUGCUUCGAGGGUGCACCAUCAGAAACACAGAAGCUGUGGCUGGAAUUGUCAUCUACGCAGGACAUGAAACCAAAGCCCUGCUGAACAAUAGUGGGCCCCGCUACAAGCGCAGCCAGCUUGAAAGGCAGAUGAACUGCGAUGUCCUCUGGUGUGUCCUUCUCCUCGUUUGUAUAUCUCUAUUUUCAGCGGUUGGGCAUGGAUUGUGGGUUCGGCGCUAUCAAGAGAAAAAAGCACUAUUUGAUGUUCCUGAGUCUGAUGGCAGCUCGUUAUCCCCAGCCACAGCUGCGGUUUACUCAUUCUUGACAAUGAUAAUAGUUCUGCAGGUUUUGAUUCCAAUUUCCUUAUACGUUUCCAUUGAAAUUGUCAAAGUGUGCCAAGUAUACUUCAUUAACCAAGAUAUAGAGCUCUAUGAUGAAGAGACAGAUUCACAGCUGCAGUGCCGAGCUCUAAAUAUAACAGAAGACUUAGGGCAGAUAAAAUACAUCUUCUCAGACAAAACCGGCACAUUAACCGAGAACAAGAUGGUCUUUCGAAGGUGCACUGUGUCCGGCAUAGAAUAUUCUCAUGAUGCCAAUGCCCAGCGACUGGCCAGGUAUCAAGAGGUGGACUCAGAAGAGGAGGAAGUGGUGUCCAAGUUGGGCACAAUAUCCCACCGUGGCAGCACUGGGAGCCAUCAGAGCAUCUGGACGUCUCAUAGGACCCAAAGUAUCAAGUCCCAUCGGCGCACAGGCAGUCGGGCUGAGGCCAAGAGAGCCAGCAUGCUGUCGAAGCAUACUGCCUUCAGCAGCCCCAUGGAGAAAGACAUUACACCUGACCCCAAGCUGUUAGAGAAGGUGAGUGAGUGUGGCCGAUUCCUCGCCAUUGCAAGGCAUCAGGAGCACCCUCUGGCCCAUCUCUCACCCGAGCUGUCUGAUGUUUUUGAUUUCUUCAUCGCACUCACCAUCUGCAAUACAGUAGUUGUCACCUCUCCAGACCAGCCACGACAAAAGGUGAGGGUGAGGUUUGAGUUGAAGUCCCCAGUGAAAACCAUAGAAGAUUUCCUUCGGAGGUUCACACCCAGCCGCCUGGCUUCCGGCUGUAGCAGCAUUGGGAACCUGACCGCCAAUAAAUCCAGCCAGAAAUCCGGAUCAGCUUUUCUGCCCAGCCUGUCUCAGGACAACAUGCUUCUCAGGCUGGAGGAGAAGCUAGGUCAAACAGCACCAUCCAUUGCCAGCAAUGGCUAUGCCAGCCAGGCAGGCCAGGAGGAAAGCUGGACCUCAGAGUGCACUGCAGACCAGAAUUGUUCAGGGGAGCAGAGGGAGCAGCAGGAGGGGGAGCUGCGAUAUGAGGCUGAGAGCCCAGAUGAGGCUGCACUGGUGUAUGCAGCCAGAGCCUAUAACUGUGCACUAGUAGGCCGGCUUCAUGACCAGGUGUCCGUGGAGUUGCCCCACCUAGGCACGCUCACCUUCGAGCUGCUGCAUACGCUUGGCUUCGACUCCAUCCGCAAGAGGAUGUCAGUGGUGAUCCGCCACCCACUGACUGACGAGAUCAAUGUCUAUACCAAGGGGGCUGAUUCAGUGGUCAUGGAUCUUCUGCUGCCCUGCUCCUCAGAUGACGCCAGAGGAAGGCAUCAGAAAAAAAUCCGGAGUAAAACACAAAAUUACCUCAACCUUUAUGCAGUAGAAGGCCUGCGUACUCUGUGCAUUGCCAAGAGGGUUCUGAGCAAAGAAGAAUAUGCCUGUUGGUUACAAAGCCACAUAGAAGCUGAGACGUCUCUGGAGAGCCGUGAGGAGCUCCUCUUUCAGUCUGCGGUUCGCCUGGAGACGAACUUACACCUGCUGGGUGCUACUGGGAUAGAAGACCGCCUUCAGGAUGGCGUACCUGAGACCAUUGCCAAAUUACGACAAGCUGGCCUGCAGAUUUGGGUUCUCACAGGUGAUAAACAAGAAACAGCCAUUAACAUUGCAUAUGCCUGCAAACUGCUGGACCAUGGUGAAGAGGUCAUCACACUGAAUGCUGAUUCUCGGGAAGCAUGUGCAGCCCUGCUGGAUCAAUGCCUCCGCUAUGUGCAGUCCAGAAACUCUAGAGGUACCCCUCAGAACUCUGAAAGCAACUUGAAUGUGGGGUUCUCUUUCAACUCAGCCUCCACAUCUGCUGACUCCAGCCCCAGCCCAAGCCUUGUGAUUGAUGGGAGAAGUCUGGCCUAUGCCCUUGAGAAAAGCCUGGAGGACAAAUUUCUUUUCCUUGCCAAGCAGUGUCGCUCCGUCCUCUGCUGCCGAUCGACCCCUUUGCAGAAGAGCAUGGUAGUGAAGCUUGUCAGAAACAAGCUCAAGGCCAUGACCCUGGCCAUAGGUGAUGGGGCCAAUGAUGUCAGCAUGAUCCAGGUGGCAGAUGUAGGCGUGGGGAUCUCAGGCCAGGAGGGCAUGCAGGCUGUGAUGGCAAGUGACUUUGCAGUGCCAAGGUUCCGAUACCUGGAGAGACUUUUAAUCGUCCAUGGACACUGGUGCUACUCCAGACUGGCCAAUAUGGUGCUGUAUUUCUUCUACAAAAACACAAUGUUUGUGGGUAUAUUGUUUUGGUUCCAGUUUUACUGUGGCUUUUCUGCGUCUGCCAUGAUUGAUCAGUGGUAUCUGAUUUUCUUUAAUUUGCUCUUCUCAUCGCUUCCCCAGCUGGUGACUGGGGUGCUGGAUAAAGAUGUUCCAGCUGACAUGUUACUGAGAGAGCCACAACUUUACAAGAGUGGCCAAAACAUGGAGGAAUACAGACCACAAACAUUCUGGUUAAACAUGGUGGAUGCUGCCUUCCAAAGCCUGGUAUGCUUUUUCAUUCCCUACCUGACCUACUAUGACUCCAAUGUGGAUGUAUUUACCUGGGGGACCCCUGUCACAGCAAUAGCACUGUUCACCUUCCUGCUGCACCUGGGUAUUGAAACCAAAACCUGGACCUGGCUCAACUGGUUAGCCUGUGGCUUCAGUACCUUUUUGUUUUUCUCUGUGGCGCUAAUUUACAACACUUCCUGUGCCACAUGCUAUCCUCCAUCUAACCCUUACUGGACCAUGCAGACAUUACUGGGUGACCCUCUGUUCUACUUGACUUGUCUCAUCACACCUGUUGCUGCAUUGGUGCCCAGAUUGUUUUUCAAAGCCCUCCAGGGGAGCCUUUUCCCCACCCAACUCCAGCUGGGACGCCAGUUGGCCAAGAAAUCCCUCAACAAAUUCAGUGUUCCCAAAGAGACUUUUACUCAGGGACAACCACCUGGACACUCAGAAACUGAGCUUUCAGAAAGGAAGACCAUGGGACCUUUUGAGUCUCUCCCUAGAGACUGUGCCUCUCAAGCUUCCCAGUUCACACAGCAGCUGGCCUGUUCCCCAGAGGCCAGUGGGGAGCCCAGUGCAGUGGAUACAAACAUGCCAUUAAGAGAGAACACCUUGCUGGAAGGUCUUGGCUCUCAGGCCUCAGGGUCCUCCAUGCCCAGAGAGACUAUUUCAGAAGAGUGUCCUGGGGACUCCAAGAGGAAAUCCACCAGCGCUAGUCAGACGGCCCCCUUGUCAUCACUAUUUCAUCUACCCAGCUUUGGCUCACUAAACUGGAUCUCCUCGAUGUCACUGGCCAGUGGGCUGGGAAGCGUCUUGCAAUUGUCCAGAAGUAGUUUACAGAUGGACAAGCAGGAUGGUGAGUUCCUGUCCAACCCACCACAGCCAGAUCAGGACCUGCACAACUUACAGGGACAAGUCACAGGUUACUUCUAGUAUCACCUCCAAAGGGCCACCGCCAGUUGUGGUGACAAAGAAAUCCUUGAAAUGACCUUUUAUUAUUAUGUAACAAAUGUUAAUGUUAUUUAUGUUUAUUAUUUGCACAGAAGAGUUCUAGAAAGAUGUAUUUUUUAAAUGUUUCCAAGACAUAUAGGAAACCAGAGGUACCAAAAAAUAAAGUUUAUUUUUUAAAAGUUCUAAAUAGAGUAUACUUAUAAAAAAAAAAUAAGAACACAUAUUUUUAUCUAUCUACAUAUAAAGUUUAAAGAAGAAUGACACUUGAAAAGUGUGUCUAGAUUUAUUUUUUCAUCUCAUUUUGUAAGGAAAAGCAAUGUGCACUGUUUCUUCAACCCACAUGACCCUCGAUUUCCCCUGCCAGGCAUAACUGUGUGGUUAGUCUAGUGAAGCCUGGGGUAGCUAUGUCAGAUGUGGACACAGGACAGGCAGGAAAGAAGACACAGGGAAGGGCGUGUUGCCUUUGAGGCAAAUACCUCAAUUGGCUUCCAAUGUUACCAACAAUAAACAGAAAGUGAAACCUUGAGGAAAAACCCGUGUAAAGUUACUGCCAACACUCACUUAGGUGUGGGCACUUCAUAAAGUUCACCUCAUGGGUUUGACAGCUCCAGUGUGGCGUGUAUUUCUUGUGAAAACCAUCACAGGCAAUAAACAACCCCCACUUUGCAACAAGAGUGUCUGGUGCCACUGUUGUGUGAAGAUCCUGGUGGGUGACAUAAGCUAGGGUGUUCUGAAUACUGUGGGGACACUUUCUCAUGCAAGCCCUUUCAGACACCAAAGAGUACAGUACUGUGGUGUGCAAGACAGCCAUCCAGUGACCUGUUACCCCAAUCUCCUUGCUCCAGACCAUAGUCAACAGCCAGACUCUUCCAGCCAAACUCUUAAACGUUUUGAGUAGCUACCUUCAGGAUUUUGUCUGAUGAGCUAUCAUAUUUCCUUGUUGUAUACCUGGGAAAUCCCAAGUGAAUAAAUUAAAAGGCUCUCAGAAUUAAUGAAAGGAAGAAAUAGUUUUACUGGAAGAAAAACUAGCUACAAUUUCCAUAGAGAGCAGUAGGAAUCAUGGAGAUGUACUGGUGAGGCCUGGAGAGGUCUCAGUUGCCACAGUACAAAGACUGAAAUACUGAAGCACAAUCUCUGUGAAUGUAGAAGAAGGCAGUGUCUCUAAAUUAGAAACUGUGAAGCUGUCGAAUUCCAUACAUAUUUUCUCUCAGCCAUUCUGUUUUUAGUUUCUUUGUUUGGGUAGUUCUGAAAUUAGCAAUGUGCUUCAAGAUUUUAUGUAGGACAAUAUAUGGGCAAAAAUACCAAAGUAAAUUUCAUCAAAUAAGUCAUGGACAGAAAAUGUCUGCUUUAUGCAGUAAAGUGUUAGUUAAUCCUCGAAUUGAACAUAAACCCAACUAAGAUCAUUAAGGGAUAAUGGACAGUUCAGAUAGGAAGAUGCUUUAUGAUAUUCAGAUACUUAAUAUACAAUUUGUUCAACAAAGAUAUAUUUACAGAAGAAAUGUCAUAUGCCAUUUUAAAAUAUUAAUUUAAUUUAU